AUGGUCGCAGCCCCUGAGCACCAACGUAACUAUGUGUUCAUUCCACCCAGUGUGGAGGAACGUCAACGUCAAGCGGCCGGCCAAUCGUUGGCAACGUGGGUCAUUGGCCAUGAGCCUAAGUCUCCUGAGGAGGUGGCGAGCGGACAGGCACCUCGCUAG